GAGAAUCGCCCAGCAGCAUCUCAGCCUAGUAGCAGCGCAAAAAUGCACAGAAAUACGCAUCUUAGGACAUUUCCACCCUCUUUCGGUUUGCCAUGAGGGCGUGUGAUAGGAAUAACGGGGAUGUUCGCAACGGAUUACGUCCCUUUAUUUUGAAAGAAAUGCGGAUUGUUUUGCGCUCGAGGUGUUAACGCAGGAAAAAAAAAAUACAUAUAUAUAUAAAAAAAUGAAGAAGCAGUUCAAUCGGAUGCGACAGCUCGCCAACCAGACUGUUGGCAGGGCAGAAAAAACCGAGGUACUGAGUGAUGACCUGCUGCAGGUGGAGAAGCGUUUAGACCUGGUAAAGCAGGUCUCCCAUAGCACACAUAAGAAGCUGAACGCCUGUCUGCAGGGUCAACAAGGCACUGAUUUAGAAAAGAAAUCCGUCAAAUCUCCCUCUAAAAAGUUGCCCCUGACGAUACUUGCUCAGUGUAUGGUGGAGGGAGCGGGUGUGUUAGGAGACGAAUCUCUUCUUGGCAAGAUGCUGAAUCUCUGUGGUGAGACCGAGGAGAAAUUGGCUCAAGAGCUCCUCAUGUUUGAGAUUCAGAUUGAAAGAGAUGUUGUGGACCCUCUGUAUUUGCUGGCUGAGGUGGAAAUUCCAAACAUUCAGAAACAACGAAAACAUUUAGCCAAACUGGUCCUGGACAUGGAUUCUGCCAGGACACGGUGGCAACAGUCCUCCAAAUCUUCAGGUCAUCCUAGUAAUGUGCAGCAGGGCGGAGCCAAGUCUGAUUCCCUGAGAGAGGAAAUGGAGGAGUCUGCCAAUCGGAUGGAGAUCUGCAGGGACCAGUUAUCAGCGGACAUGUACAACUUUAUGGCCAAAGAAAUAGACUAUGCAAACUACUUUCAUACGCUCAUAGAGGUUCAGGCAGAGUAUCACAGGAAGUCUUUGGAGAUUCUGCAGAGUGUGCUGCCACAGAUCAAAGCUCACCAGGAGGCAUGGAUAGAGAAACCAUCAUAUGGAAAGGUCUUAGAGGAGCAUCUAGCCAUCAGUGGCAGGGAGAUUGCGUUUCCUAUCGAGGCGUGCGUCACCAUGCUGCUCGAAUGUGGCAUGGAGGAAGAGGGUUUAUUUCGGGUGGCUCCCUCAGCCUCCAAGCUGAAGAAACUUAAAGCAUCUCUGGACUGUGGGGUUCUGGAUGUGCAGGAGUACUCGGCCGACCCACAUGCCAUCGCAGGAGCUUUGAAGUCUUAUCUUCGUGAACUUCCCGAACCUCUAAUGACCUUUGAACUCUAUGAUGAAUGGAUUCAAGCCUCUAAUAUUCAGGAUAUGGAUAAAAGGCUCCAAGCCCUUUUGUGUACAUGUGAGAAACUACCAGCAGACAAUCUGAACAACUUCAGAUAUUUAAUCAAGUUCUUAGCCAAACUCACAGAGCAUCAAGAUGCUAAUAAAAUGACGCCAGGUAAUAUUGCAAUAGUUCUUGGACCCAACCUGCUGUGGACACAUUCAGAAGGGAACAUGACGGAAAUGAUGACCACCAUGUCCCUGCAAAUCGUUGGCAUCGUUGAGCCGAUCAUCCAGCAUGCUGACUGGUUCUUCCCUGGAGAAAUAGAGUUCAACCUGACAGGCAGCUUCGGCAGCCCAGUCCACACCAACCACAACUCCAACUACAGCUCCAUGCCCUCGCCCGAUAUGGACCAAUCAGAUCGCAAGCAGCAGCAUGACCAGAGCCGACGCCCACUCAGUGUUGCUACUGACAACAUGAUGCUGGAAUUCUACAAGAAGGAUGGCAGCAUUAGGAAAAUUCAAAGUGUGGGUGUCAGAGUGAUGGACACAUCGUGGGUGAAGGGCAAAAGUUCCUCUACAUUGACCCGCAAAGCCUCAUCCACGCCUCCACAAGCGCCCGGCUCUCCUGCGGACACCCUGAUCACUGAGCAGCCCGGUGAGCUGGCCACAUCUCCAAUCCCCACACCCCCUCCUGGAGACAGGGGCAGCUCAGACGACGUGUCGCCCAAUCGGCCGGAUUCCUCACAUGUCUAUUCGUCCCACGUGGAGGAGCGGCCACCCCCUCCGUACCCUUCCUCGUCCACAUCUUCCCAUCCCGGUCCUCACCACUUCUACCCCAAGCCCCCUCCCUGUGCUCGGCCCGUCGCCCCUGGUCCCGAGUCCCAGCCUCCCGGCUCCCCGCCUCCGCCCCUGCGCUGGGCCGGCUUCGGCCUUCCCCAGCCCCAGCCACCCCCCUCCUCUUCUUCCUCUUCCUCCUCCUCCUCACUCGAUAUCAACUCCAACCCCAAGCCUAGCUGCCUGCACUUUCCCAAACACGGGCCCCUGUGUGACGCGCCGCAUGCCGCUCCACCUGACGCCAGUUCUUCACCCCUGUACAUUAAAACCCCUCUCGUACUGACCCACCAUGACAUGUCCCUCAGAAACCCCCCUAGCCUCCCCUCCACCGCACCCCCACCGUGGGCUGCCUGUCAAUGUGCCCGUGAGAGAGGACCCCCCAGGCUGACUAGCACUCUGAAGAGCAAGGAGCUCUCUCCUGUGAUUGGCCACAAGUCUGCGCAGGCAUCAGGAGCAACAGUGCCCCCUGUCAGUGGUCAGCAGAGCAACAGCCAGUCUCCCCAUUCUGCAGAGCACAGCCCCCACACCUUACGCAAAGCCUCUAAGAAACUGGCCCCUGUACCACCCAAGGUUCCCUACGGCCAUUCGGGGGGGAUAUCAGACCAAUCCACAGGUCAGCCGUCUCCGGUUAGCCUGUCCCCCACUCCCCCAAGUACCCCCUCCCUAUACAGUUUGGGCUGUCCCCCAGGACACGCGCCCACCUCUUCCCCUGGCCAGACCCCAUUAGGGGGACCCCAUACGUUGUCCUCGCCGCCGUCUCUGACUGGUACGCUCACAAAGUCCCGACCCACCCCAAAGCCCAGGCAGAGACCCAGUCUACCCCCUCCCCAGCCACCCAAUGUCCCCCCUACGGCCCCCCAGCCCCUGGAGCAGGGUCUACUUGACGGAUUGUCCCCCGGGGAGAGCAUGUCCACAGCUGUGUGAGGCCAGGGACUGAAUGUGGGCUGAGUGUGAGGGGGACAUUUAGGGUAAGCCAGAACCUGCUGUGCCCGUGCAAUAGCUUCAUUUCACACCGUCGGACCUGGUGCUGUGGCUGAAUCAGGGGCUUCUACUGCAGCCAUGCUCUCUGUCUCAUACCGUAACACUUCCUUCUCAUUCACUCCCAGUCGCAGGGCUGUCCUUGGCUUCUUCAUUCUGUCAGUGUAGUAUGUGCAUGGUGUGAGACUGGUCUAUGCAUGGCUUAUGGCCUUACCUUUCCAAGCAACAUCACACAUUUGCCAACAUCGUCGCUUAUGAAGUUCAUCUCAAUGCCUCCGGCCCUGACCUUACAUCGUGAACCAUUCCCCCUCCCAUUAUCCCCACCACCGCAUAGGUGGACCCAGGUAAACCCCAACCAAACUCUCUUUCAGUCGAGUCCAUCGCAGGAUGACAGAACAACCUCACAGUUGUCCAUCUGCGUCCAUCUCAUUCUCACACAGGGGAGGUCAACACAAUCAGAUACAGUCCACCAAUACACAUAGUCCAAUGACAAGGUUCUUAAUGUUACCACAUCUUCAAUUUGUACCCAUCUUGUCAUCUAUGUGUGGAGUAUUUUGUUCAUUGUGGUCAGUGUUGGGGGUAACAUGUUACAAGUAACAUAAUGUUAUGUGCCAAUUAUUUCUUAUCAAGUAUCAAGUAAAGAUCAUCAAGCAAACAUGUAACACAUAACAGGUUUAGUGCUGUUUGGCAAAUUUUUUACAGACGAAAUCCAGCAACUUCUGUAGGACGCCACGUAAUCAGGAAUUGCACAAGGGUGAAAGAUUUUCCUCCAAAAAUAUUUUGCAGUAGGUUAAAACUGGUUAUGAGGAUUUGUCACACUGAUUGGUUUGGUAAUGUAUUACUUUUUAAAUUUAGUACAUUGUGAUAGGUAACAAUGCAUAUGUAACAUGUAAUGGUAACGGCACAUAAGUGAUAAGUAAUGUUACAUUUCUAUUAAUUUUCUGAAUGGAAAAUUGGAAACAUCUCAGAUUACAAGUAACUUACGUUAAGUUUCUUUACACUGUUAUAUGAAGGUCAUAAACUCUGUUAUGAAAAAACUGCAUAGCCUACCUUAAAAUCUGUAAAAGUAAUGUUACAAACAGAUACAUGUGUAAUGCAUUGUUACCAGCAAUUGUAAUUCCGAUCCAAAACACUUAUGCAGUCUUUGUCACAUUUAAACAUCCAUUGAUGCGGUUAUGCUAUAUUUCUUGCUGUGGGCAAAUCAUGUCUGGGACAAAUACUUUUUCAAGGCAAAAUUACCUACAAAUACAGUAUCUAUAAGUCGAGCAGGAAUCCACCAUUCUAGAAGACAGAGAGCCUUGGCUACUUGACGCCAUACAAAAGUAUCACGUUACUUUCCAUAAAAGGUAGCAAUGUAAUCGAAUUAGCUACUUUUUUAGGAGCAUGGUAAAUGUAACGCGUUACUUUUUGAAGUAACAUUCCCCAGCGCUGAUUGUGGUGAACUGUUGAUUCUUUUGUCAUUUCUUUCUGAAAAACUACAAAAAGCUUUAUGUAGAACUUUAUAUUUUAUAUGAGCAUAGCAGAGAUUUUUCAGGACAGGCUUCAUUUCAAAUGAAACCGAUAUUUCCUCUUCCUCCCCAAUAGCUCAGUGUAACAGAAUCCCUGUGCAGAAUGCCAGGAAACAGUCUGAUGUGCCCCUCUCCUGCUGCAACAUGCAUUCAACACCCUUCGCUGACUUCGCCUCUAACAGUGGUCUGGAAACUGAAAUUGCUUUUUGCUUUCUCUCUCCUUGUGUUGUGUUCAACAUCCUCAUCAUUUCCAUUCCCAUCAUUUCUCUCUGUACUGUAAACUUGUCUUGUUACUUUACAUUCGUGGCCAUCGCUUUCAUUUCCCAUGAUCCUGUAGCAGAUUUCUUCAGUUUGGAAAUUCCCUCCAUCAAUGUCAAUCUGGACAGCCUGUUGGACGAAUUCAGGGUCCCACGUCGGAGCUCCCUUGCUGCGGUCAGCUCUCCGGAGGGCGAGUCCGUGUCCGAUGAGGAGGGCCAAAGCA